UCAAGCAACGAAGASCAAACAGAAGUCUCACCUUCAACCGACGCUCACACUUUCAGCAUGCCUCAAUGGUCUACGGAGCAAUUGCAGGAGCAGCCGUUGUUGUCUCCUCAGUCUUCCGUCGGGGGUGUGGGGGGUGUAGACAUGUCACAGCUGGGUGUAGGCGUGUCACAGUUAGAAUCGCAGGUUGUUUGUGACAUGCCACAACGUAGUUUGCUCUCUGCAUUCGACGAGGCUUUGCAGCAGACAAGCCACAGUUUGCCAACUGCUGGCUUGGGCCCCUCUGGGACAGUGGUUUUGAGUGAUCAGGAGUUGGGGGUCGGCAGUGUUGACUGGGCAGGCGAUUGUGGGAAUGGUUUGCCACACCAAAUGGGGGGAGGGGAUGACGACUAUGCUGACUCACAAGCAGGCGCUGACUCACAAGCAGGAGGAGAUCGUGGACAUCACGAGACGGAAGUCCCUGGUAAUGGCGGUGAUGGGUGUCACCGAAAUCGGCGCUGGAAUGAUGCUGAAAUGCUUGCCCUCAUCCGCGCACAUGGGGAGUACAAGGUUGCACGAGCAGUCAACUCUGAAGCUAUAGGCAAUGCUUGCUCUUUGAAUAAGAAAUGGGAGGGUAUAUCAAUUGUCGUGUGUGCUGCCGGCUUCAUCCGUAAUGGCUAUGACUGUGAAAAUAGGUGGAAGAACCUGUGGAAGUGGUAUAGAAAGGUGCUGGUCCACGAUGGCAUGAGUGGAGUGCAGAGCUAUUGGACCACGUCACCUGAGGCACGAGCGAAUGCUGGACUCACGUUCCGCCUUCGAAGGUCCUGGUUUGAUCUCAUUGACUCCUUCAAUAUUAGAAACCCGGCUGUCCAUCCUGAAGGUGUUGUAGAUCCUGGAAAUGAGGAGGAUGGGCGAGGACCAGGACAGGGCAGUCGGGGUUCUCCUCCUGUCAGUGGUGGCAGGGCAGAGAGUGGGGUUGCCAAUGCAUGUGCUGAAGGGGCUGAAGUGGGAACGUCAGCAAAGCGCAGACGCAGUGUCGCAAAUGCCCGGGAGCGGCUGUGAAGGACAUCUCCGCAGUAAUGAGGGAGCAGACAGACGCACUGAGGGAGCACAGUAGGCGAUCAGUGGAGUGCGCUGAACUUACAG